CCGCAAUUGCGCCGCCAUUGGAACAACAGCAGCCAACGUGAGAUUUUCGUUGCCGCGCCAAUAACUAUUACACUUAAUAUCACAUCUUGUCACUUUUUGUAAUAAUAUCCGGAUAUUAUUGAGAAGAAUGGCGUACAGAGGACAAGGACAGAAGGUUCAAAAGGUCAUGGUGCAGCCCAUCAACCUUAUUUUCAGAUAUCUACAGAAUCGUUCCCGAAUCUCAGUAUGGCUGUACGAACAGGUCAACAUGCGGAUAGAGGGCUGCAUCAUUGGAUUUGAUGAGUACAUGAAUUUGGUUUUGGAUGACGCAGAGGAGGUUCACAUGAAGACCAAAAACAGGAAGCCCCUGGGACGGAUCAUGUUGAAGGGAGACAACAUCACAUUGCUGCAGAGUGUGUCCAAUUGAUCCAUCUGAAUACGAUUUGUUUUCUGUUAGUGUUUGUUUUCAUUUCUCAAUAUUUGGAUUAUUGACUGAUACUUCUAAUUGUGGAAACCUUUUGUUUAUCUAAAUCUGCAAAAUAAACCCCUUUUUCACUG